AUGAGACAUCUGUGGCGACCUGGCGUUCAAUCGUUAUUGCGGAUUAUCGAGAUCGUCGAGGCUCAUUACCCAGAAACUAUGGGACAAGUGCUGAUAGUGCGGGCACCUCGAGUCUUUCCAGUUCUGUGGACGCUAAUCUCACCAUUUAUUGAUGACAACACUAGGAGCAAGUUUAAGAUAAACGGUGGUGACUUUGUGAAAGGAGAAAUAAGUAAAUAUAUUGACGAACAAUAUAUUCCUGACUUCCUCGGUGGCACGUGCUUGCCAAACUGCCCUGCCGGAGGACAUAUACCAAAAUCUCAGUAUCGUCCUGUUGAAGGACUUAGCAGCGAUGCGGAAGUGUUGAGUUCGAUGUAUACAACAGCUUCUGUUACUCGAGGAUAUCCGGUAGAGGCAGUUGUGUCCGUCUCCUCUCCUGGCUGUGUGCUUACUUGGGACUUUGACAUCUUGAAGAGCGAUUGCGAGUUUGUCGUAAUCCAGGAACCAGUGCAAACACCACAUUCCCCCACCAUGCUGAAUCCCGUUGAAAUGGUCACAGCAGCCAUCGCAAACAAUCCGUUGCCCGUGAUAUUGUCGGAUACUUCGCUUACUCUUGGACAAGAUCUAACUAUAGAGGAGAAGCCAGUUGUGUUUCAAGAGGGAGAUUCGAUGCAGGUGAGAUUUACAUUGAAAUUAGAUUACUCUGAUUUUGGGAGAUAAUG